AUGUCUUCCUCAGAGUAUCACCUCUUAGAAGGCGUACAUUCGGUCGAUGAUGAUGAGAAGUCACCAGAGCAUAAAUUUCCAUUACGAGGCUUCCUUUCAAGGAGUCCUUGUUUGAUUGUCCUUCAUGCCAUACUCUUUAUUUCCUCAUUGGCCCUGUUUAUUUUGAGCAUCCGAGUUAACACAACCAGCGGGUCAUUGGACACCAGUGCACAUGGUGCCCAGCAAGGCUUGUUUGAAGACCUCCUUUCGAACUAUCUCAUCGAGAACUUCUCAAAUGACCCAGGCUCCAUCUGUAGAGGUCCACCCAGCGAGGAAGGCGAUGAAGCAUGGGACCGGAUCGUCCAAGUGGGCCCCUUCGAACUAAGAACAGAGGACUUCCCAUCAUCGAAUUUAACCAGCUACCUCAACAACCUAGACCAACCCCAGCUAGCUCAUUUUGGCGUUUUCCACCAGUUGCAUUGUCUUAAAACCCUCUGGCAAUACACAUACUUUGAUUACUACAAAUCCCAAAAUAAGAUCUUCCAGCUACCUGAACAAGAUAUACAUAGUCACUUAGAUCACUGCGUCGACUUCCUCCGUCAAGCCCUGAUGUGUCAGUCUGAUACCAGUAUCAUUACUUUCCAUUCGGCUGAGGGAUAUGAUCUUCCGGUGCCGUCGUAUGAGGUGCCGCGUACGUGUAGCGAUUUUGAGAGUAUUAGGACUUGGGUUUUGGACCGGAAGAUUGAUCUUUCUAGGCGUGUGUAG